AUGCCCCUCCGCAUCACAUCGGCCCCAGUAUCUGGUAUCAAAAAAAGAAAAUCAGUCGCCACACCCCGGAAUCGCGCAUUCCCUUUCGCAAGUCAUGCACGCUCCAAACCAGCUGUGCGCGGAAACGCGCAAACAACGACCAAAUCAUUCGAGCUCCACGUGGAGGAAGAAGCAGAUGGGUUCGUGAGCGAUUCCGAGCCGUUGCCUGACGUUGGUGACUCGCGGUAUUUAACCGAAACCGUCAAAUUAAGCGGCGUUAUCCAAGCUAUGCAACAUGUGAAGAAUUCCAUGUUUGAGGAAUUACCGGAACGAAGGGCGGGGAUGAAUAGUACUCGUAUUGCGGAGGUGUUAAAUAUACGUCGUUCAUUGCCGCCGCUGGUUUCCGUUGCGCAUUUACAUACGGUAUUGCAGUCUCCGACGCAAGUGGAACGAGAAAUCGUUUCGCUUGUUCAGUCUGGUCAGUUGAAGAGAUUGAUCGUACCGGGAAGAGGUAAUAGUGCAGCCGGUUUGGGGGAUUGCUUGGUUAUGACAAGUGACUUGCACGAUUUGGUGCAGGCAAGUAGUGAUCUGGAUCAAGCCUUGAAGGAUCGUUUUUUGGGUAUUCUUGACCAAAUGUCGAAUACAUCUGCCAUCCCUUCUUUGGCAUUCUCCCGCGAAGAAUCCGUUGCUCUCGUGCGAGCUGGGUUUCUAGUGUCAGCAUCAUCACUAUCCAAGGACACCGUCAAUCUUACCUCUGUACGUGCCUAUUCUACAGAUGCCGACGACACGAAACCAAACUCAGUGCAAUCCCGCGCCCCAGCUUUCUUUCUAUCUCUCCCCAACACAGGACCUUAUCUACGACUCCUGAGCGCUGGCCGCUCUCACUUACUAACUCUACUAAAACAGUCCAAAUACCACGAAGCACCAUUGACACUUCUGCGUGACCGCUGGGAUGGCGCCGUUGAAUCAAAUCGCAAUUUCAGCGUUGCUAAGCGGAUUAGAGGCGAAUUCAGUGGUGUGUUACCGGGUAGAACGAAGAAGUGGAAGGAGUUUAAUGGUAUGAGUUUUCGGUGGAUAUUAGAGGAAGCCCUUGGAGCUGGGCUUGUGGAGAUUUUUGAUACUGGGAGCGUCGGCCCUGGUAUACGUUGUUUGUAG